AUGAGUAGUGUAGAGAAUGAUAUUAGAGGUAGUUAUAACAGUAUUGGCAUAAUAAUCUCGGAAGAGAUAGCUAGCGGCCGACCGAGGAGUGGUGGAAUCGUGACGUCCAGUUUCGCCAGCCGUGUAUCAACGGGUACAAGUCGUCGCACCGCAGCUACUACAGGCGAGUUUUUUGUAGACCUUAAAGUCUACAAAACAGGAGACUACACUUCCAAUCCCGUCGAUGUGCGCUACAAGACAGCAUUAGUAACAGUUAAGUUACAGUGUGAAGACUCGUCACCAUCGUGGGACGCUCUUCAAACCUUCCUAGGACAAGCUUGGACGAAUAUAGAACAAGAAAAUAUCACCACUGUUUCGGACGAAGAGUGUGCUCAUUUUGACCCUCACCAAUAUUUGGAUUCAUUUCAAUGUGCUCAAGAUCCCCUAGAAGGGUUUACGGAAGAUAUUUUAAAAAUGCAGAGCUCAUCUAAGUCAUUAAAAAGGACUCGACACAAUCGCAAAAUAAAGUGCAAGAGGAGGCAGAGCAUUCAAUUAGAUCAAACAGCAAAGUACUGUGGCCCAGUUUCAUUCGUCAUCAAUAGCGCACCAACAAAAGGACUUCGCCUAAUCAGGAUACAAGUUAUCGAAUUGGAUCGAUUACAACGAAUUAGUGAUAGUGUAAAUGAUAACAGUGUUCUGUUAAAUUCUCAAUAUGUAGUGAAGGAUGUUGGUGAUGAAAUAAUGGAUCAGACUGAGAAAAUUAUCAAUAAUAUAUCAAAAAAAAUAUGUGGUUAUAGUUACACUAAUUGUUUUUAG